GUUGCGUGUGUUAGGAGGCGCGAGGCGAGGGCGCGAGUUCAGAUACAAAUUUCAAACUUUUGAUAACGGGCGGGACGGCGGGAUUCCUUCACUGGCGUGGGUGCUGCUAGCUUAGUCUGCCUAGUCAUUAAGGUGACGUUUUCGAAUCACGGGCCGCUUCUGUAAAUAUUUACUAUCAGACGACCAUGGCACCGACAGCAUCAAAACUUUCAUUGGUUGCCCAGUUCGACGAUUUCUGCAGAAGAGUCAUCACAACUGACACCACGACAGAAGAGCGUUUUUUAGAGUUUGUGAGAAACCAGGAAGAGUGUCGCAAGCGUUGGCAUACCUCAGCUGUCGAGAAUGUCGAGCUGAAAAAAGUUGUUGCGUCCCAGAGUGCAACCAUCAUGGAGCUCGAGAGAAAGCUGACCAAUACGAAACAAAUUUUGCAGAAGGAGAUUCGUCGGAGAGAAAAAUGUGAAGAAGAGAAAGACUCUAAACAGCGGCAGUUAGAGCUCAUCAGAGAAUUCAUCAUGAAUGACACAGAGCUCCGCGAUGAGACCAUCGAAAAACUUCCAUUUUUGAGGCCUGCUGUUGAAGACAAACAAGAUUACUCUGACAGGCUGGGCACCAUCGACGAAUCCAUUGGCUCUGCACUUUCUCCUUCUGGUGACGACUUGGAUAUCAGCAACGACAGUGGGCCUCGUAGGAGCUCCCGCUUGAGGGGACGAGGGAAGCGUCGAUCCAGUGCAGAGCGAAUUCUGGACGGCGGAUCGCCAAUCAAGAAAAAGUCCAAGGGCCGUGACGAAAAUGACUCAGCUUGUGCAAAUGUGAUUGCUACCACUACUGUCACGUUGAGAGAUGGAAAGGACCUUGUGGCAACCUCCAGAUUGUUCACUCAGCCUUUGACACCAGCCCCGAGUGCACCACCGCCACCUCCUCCUUCUGAAACUGCCCCAAUAACCGUCGUCACACCAAAAUUCACCAGUGGCUCUGCACCCAGCACUCCAGUCAGUCAGCGUCGCGGUGAUAAAGGCUUCGAAACUACAACACCAAAAAGGAGCUAUUCUGCUGGGAAGCUGCUGUCCAGAAUGCAUACUUUUUGCCCCAAGACUGUCAUCAAGUCUGAGAGCUGUGGUCCGUGUGGUAAACGCAUCAAGUUCUACAAGACUGCCUACAAGUGCAACCGCUGUCGCUCAGUCUGCCAUGUUGAAUGCAAAGAUCAGGUGCCCUUGCCUUGCAUUCCGGCCAGCCAGACACCUACACAAGGUGGAACUGCAGGCCGCCGCGGCACAAUAAUCUCUGAUUAUGUGACACCUACACCACCAAUGGUACCUGCUCUUGUUAUCCAUUGCAUACAAGAGGUGGAAAGACGAGGACUGCAAGAUGUAGGACUUUAUCGGAUACCUGGGGCAGAAAGAGAAGUACGUGAACUGAGACAGCAGUUUGAACGAGGCAAGGGUGUGCCCAACAUGUCCAAGGCUGACAUCCAUGCUGUGUGUGGUGUCCUAAAGGAUUUCCUACGGUCGCUACGUGAAACUCUCAUCGUCAAGUCUCUUUGGAAGACGUUCGUUGAUGCAGCACAGCUGGAUGAUGGAGACCGCAUAUGGGCCACGUGGCAGGCAGUAACACAACUGCCGCAGCCAAACAGAGACACACUGGCUGCGCUGGUACUGCAUCUGCAGAAUGUGGCCAGCCAUCACGAGACCAAGAUGCCCAUCAGCAACUUGGCACGUGUUUUCGGACCAACUAUUGUAGGAUUUUCUGCAAAUGACAUGACCGCAGUGCCCAACUUGCUGGCAGAGACUGAGCAGCAGGCACAGGUGAUGGAAGCCCUCAUGAGCGUGCCCGCAGACUAUUGGGAACAACUGUUGGAUGUGGACACUGAUGAGGAUAUUGGCACCCCUGAGAUAAGAGCUGCACCAGGAAGCACAUUGCUUGGUCCAAUCUACGGUUCUGUUGGUAGAAAGAACUCUCGAACGACACCGAAAAGACCAACACCAGCUAGUUGCAGUAGACUUGGUAGUAGCGCAAGUGCCAAAAACCAGAGGAAUCUUGCCAAAGGGAGUUCAUCAGGGCCAAAGAGGAUCAAUUUUUAUUCACCCAUCAUGAAAUGACCUGGGCACCCCAAAAGCCUGCAUUGUUUUUACUCUCCUCUUGUGAAAUGACCCCGGCACCUCCAACGCCUGCAUUAUUCACUGUGUAUUAUGACCAAUGCUGUGAAUCCCUGGCUUUGCUUCACAUGCAACAUGGCAUCAACCAUUUUGUUCACAUUAUUAAGCUCUUGUUGGAACUUGGUUGUGCCUUUUUACAUUUGCUUUCUUCAGUGUGAUAUGUAUUAGUAUUUUAUUAAGUAAUGCUCAGUUUAAUGCUUUGUCAAUUAAUGCAAAGAGGCUGUAAAAAACUGGGCUAUAAGUGCAUGUCUUGCCAUGUAUUAACAUAAUGAGCAUGCUACUGAAGGAAAGGCAGCACUAUUGAAUUUUAAUUUGCAUGGCAUGUUCUGUGGCGUUGGAUAUGAUUAUCGCAUGGCUUAUGUUUGUCUUUCAGCAUUAAAGCUCAUACUGUCAGGACAGUUUAUGUGAAACUAUUUUAUAUUAAUUACAAGGGUAAUCUACGUCAAUCCACGCAUAAGAGAUUUAUGCAAGUUUUUAGCUCUGUACCAAUUCAGCCACUGUUGAAUGAUGGGAAGCUCAUUAGUCUUGAUUUUUCUGCAAAUGUUCUGAUCGCCAAGACCUUUGUAUGGAAGAAUCCAUUUCAUUCUCCAUUCUUUUUGCCACGUGUAACAGCACAUGUUCAAAAAUAAGUGAAUAGUCUCAGAACAUGAUCUCCAGUCUGUCAACAUGAGUGCAAGAAACUACCUGUUUUAUCUGAGUUUCCAAUAAAAGUUUCAUUUCU